AUUCUCAUUACACUUUAAACUCCCUUUGAGUAAGGUUUUAGUUUAUUUCAGUGGAUAUUUUCAUAAGUUAAGAAAAGUCUAAAGUAAAUUAAUAUUUAGUGUCAAACAUGCAUACAAUCCUUACAUUAUGCGUGCUUGGAUUUGUCUUUGGGGGAUGUCCAGCGUCUGGCAAACGAGAAAUGCUUGUGGGAGGUCCAACGAUUGAGAAACCUGUAAAUCGUGAUGUUCGUCAAAUGAUGGAGAAGCUUAAUCCUCAGCUCGAGGAGCAACUCUCGAGUCGCAGUGAAGGACAUCUUUUGUGGUCCAGCUCUCCGUUGAAGGCCAUUUCGUACAGGUCACAACUCGUUAACGGAAAUAUCUACUUCAUCAAAGUUCGAGCUCAACUUGGAAGAACAUUCGUCUACUACCAUGUCAAAGUGUACCAGGAUUUCAAAGGAAACUUGAGUCUGGUAGGGAUUGAAGGCCCAAUGCGAAUUGAUGAUAAAAUCGGAGUAUUCUAAUUCCCACAAUGAAUCAACAAACUCAACAAUAUGCGGUGGAUUAAAUUAUAUUAAAUUCUUGGGCAAGCUUAGCCCAAUAAAAUUUCUCAACGGAAA